CGAAGACGAUGCAGGAAGCGACAGCGUCGGCCAUCGCCGAGGUCCAAGCGCUGCAGACGUGGCUCUCGACGUGCAUGGACGGCGUCCUAAGCUUAGCCUCCUGCGCCGACGCUCGCUACGUCGUCGUCGAGACCGACGUGCAAGCGGAGCUCGAGGUGCUUCACGCGACGCUCGACGACCUUCAUGGCGUCGUGACCCGGCCACAGACCGUCGCCCUGAGCCACUUGACGGGAGCAACGAAGGAGCUCGUCUCGUUCCUGCAGACGCUCCAUGCGGCGUACUUGGAAGACCAGAAGCGCUGGUUGCCGUUCACAAAGAAGGCGACCGAGUCGGUGCACCUUCUAGACGCGCUCGUCGGCCGCCUGCAGCGGCGAACCAAGCGCUUCCUGAGCGUCUUGGCAAUUCCAGGCUCGCCCGCUCCCAAGGCUGUCGCCGACGUUGAUCCCACGACGCCCCAUACCGACGAGCUGUUUGGCUCGCUUCCCGCCGAAGACCGCCCGAUCGAGUCGACGUUCAUCAAGUACCAUCAAAAGUACGUUGCUGAUUUGGCCAAGCAAGAUGCGCUGCAUCGGUCGGCGACCAAGCAGAAGCGCCGACAGACGCUCGCCACGAUGCAGAGCCCCGUCCGAAAACAGCCCCGCUACAGUGAAGACUUGACGCGACCGCCGAUCCAAUAAGC